AUGUCCAGCCCCGUCGCAAAGAAAAUGAAGUCUACCAAGGUCAUCGGCACCCACUCGGGCACCUUCCACUGUGACGUCGACCCCCUGGACAUUGUCGUCGAUGUCGGCGGCGUGUACGACCCCGCCAAGCAGCGCUACGACCACCACCAGCGCGGCUUCACCGAGGUCUUUGGCUUUGGCGGCUUUGACCGCACCAAGCUCUCGUCCGCGGGCCUCGUGUACAAGCACUUUGGCAAGCACAUCAUCGCCAAGCAGCUCGGUGUCGCCGAGAGCGACCCCAAGGUCGAGACGCUCUGGCUGCAGCUCUACGGCGAGCUGAUCGAGUCGAUCGACGGCAUCGACAACGGCGUCAACAUUGCGCAGGGCGAGCUCGCGUACGCGCAGCGCACCGACCUGUCGUCGCGCGUGCGCCGCCUGAAUCCGCGCUGGAACGAGCCCGCGUCGGACGACGACUACGACGCGCGCUUCGCCGUCGCGUCCAAGACGACCGGUGACGAGUUCCUGCAGCAGCUCGACUACUUUGCCAACGCGUGGCUCCCGGCGCGCGACGUCGUCAAGGAGGCGCUCGAGAAGCGCCACGAGGUCGACCCCUCGGGCAAGAUUGUCGUGUUCAAGCAGGACCACCUCUUCUCGCUCGAGCCGACCAUGGCCAAGGAAACCAAGAUUCUCUACGUCCUCUACCCCGAGAACCCGGACAACGAGAACUCCAAGUGGCGCAUCCAGUGCGUCCCCGAGUCGCCCGACAGCUUCACCAACCGCAAGUCGCUCCCCGCCGCCUGGCGCGGCCUCCGCGACGAGGAGCUCUCGAAGGAGUCGGGCAUCCCUGGCGGUGUCUUUGUGCAUGCGAGCGGAUUCAUCGGCGGAAAUGAGACGUUCAACGGCGUGCUCGCGAUGGCCAGGGCCGCUCUGAACGAGUAG